AAAACGAUGAACUUCAUUGUAGCUUUCGGACUACUGAUAAUUGCGAUAUAUACAAACGUGGUUUCAGCAUGUCCAGACAACUGUUACUGUUCUACAACAACGCCAUUUGCAGGUCAAGUUAAUGUAGAUUGCGAUUCUAACGGCUUGACUGUUAUUCCAAGAAACUUCAACAAUGACUCAUACUCUAUAAAUAUGCAUAACAAUUCCAUUACCAUAAUUGAAGAAGGGACAUUCCAGAACAUGACAUUAUUAUAUCAAUUAGAUAUGAAUUCGUGUGAAAUAUCAACCAUUGAAAGAGGUGCAUUUAUAAAUUUGCCAAUCCUUGAGAACUUGUAA